UUUGAAAUGAUUUUGAAAAUGUUCUUUUUCUUUUUAAUUCUAUAGUAUAAACAGGAUUAGAAGAACAUAUUAUAUUAAAACCACCUCUCUGAUUGGCUUGAAGUUAAUCCUGCUUUACCCUACACUGGUUCUAAAAAGGAUUAAAAAAAAAACAUUAUUAAUAUCUUGACAAGCAGUUAGUUUAAUACCAUUGUGGAGAAGUAAUACAGAUCAGGAGAUCCAUUUAGUUUACUAGAGAUAUACCAGAAAAACAGCCCUGCCCUCCUCAGGCUCAGCAGAGAUAAAGAACUCUGGUGGGUAGACCAGAUGAGAUUAAGGAUACCUCACACUCUUGGUUCUGCUUGCUGGUGUUGGACAUCACAUUCCUUUUGCCUUAUCAUACAUCUGCUGUAUAUUUCUUUGCCAGCAAAAUAAAAUGGCAGCUUGCAUUCAUUGGUGACCUCCUUUAAGAAGAAUAACAAAAAAAAAAAAAAAUGAAAUUUGAACUGACUGAGCAUGCUCAGUUGGAGCUUUAGCAAAGCUGGCCAACAGAGGGAGCUGCUAGGUCACAUGACCAGCAAGCUGGGUGAAUGUCUGCAUACAGGAGGAGGUGGGGAAAAAAAAAGAAGAGGAACAAUCUUUCGAAGCUCUCGCGCAGACUUAAUGGAGGCCCUCGGUAGAAAGCAGCCUGCUGGUUUGGUCAAAGGGAUCACAGGGAAGACUGAACCGAUGAAGACUGAGAGUAUGAAAGACUUGCAAAAUGAAGCAGAAGAAGGGCUUGAGGAGCCCUCGAUCAGGCAAGCAGAACCUUCCAAAACAGCAGAAGAGCUGAAUGGGACCUUUAAGAGCACCGAAUCUGACAAAGCUCAGCCGGACCUUGAUGUCCAAAAGUCGUCCAAUCAAUCGCAUGCCAUGGAGAACGGACUCUCAGAAACCGAUCCUCCUCACGGCUCCACCGUGGGCAGUAAUGGAUAUAUUCUCAGUCAGGCCCAGGAUGAAUCGCCGGCUUCCCAACACAGGACUAACUGCUCCCCUAAGGGAGCUUCUCCCCUAGGGUACGCAACUAAAACACUCCCUCUUUCAGCUACAUCCCAAACCCAGGGCCAGGGUGCUUUAAGGACUAGUACAAGCACAGGACCCUGUCUGGCAGAGGGGCAUUUGGAAAACGAGACUAAAAAUGGCACUGCUGCAAACAUGCCUCCACGUGUGACAGUACACAGAGCACGCAAGACCAUGUCCAGGCCAGCCUCGAAUCACGCACUAAAGAUUUUAAACAGGGAAAUAAAAGAGCCAAGCGUGGUGAAAAGUGAGAGUGUGGACCGAUCAGAAGCUCAACCGCCUGUGCAGGCUCCUCCCACUCAGAACCAGCUACCUCAGAAGCAAACUGAUGCCACACCAGCACCAAUCGCCACACCAGCCAAGCCACACACAGUGUCUGUGUUGCGAAAGAAGAAGAGAAAGAUGGGAACGUACAGCCUUGUUCCCAAGAAGAAGACCAAAGUGCUAAAGCAGCGCACAGUGCUGGAGAUGUUCCAGCGUGUGCCCCAGUCUCCACCCACUCCUCAGGUCUCGUCGGAAUCCGUUGCUGCGCAGCAGCCAAAAGAGACCGUGCAGGUGAACGGGGAUCGAACCGAGAACGAGUCCGACGAAUCCGAGUCGGAUGAUGAUUCCGAAGAUGAAGAAGAGGCGACUGGAAAAGAAAUGGCUGAAGCAUCUCAAGAGGACAGCAGAUUACCUUCAGUGCAACAGCUUGGAGAGGAGCAUGAGUCUGAAGAGAGUGCAGAAGAGGAAGGGGAUGAAGAACAAGAUGAGUCAGAUUUGAGUUCAGAAUCCAGCUUGAAGAAGAAGGUGAAAAAGAAGGCGAAGGCAGAUAGCCCUUGGCUCCGGCCUGCCAGAAAACGUAAAAAGAAGCUGAAGUCCACAGAAAUUUCAGCUAUCAGUGCCCAGACUCCGUUAGAUACUUCAGCCCAGACUCCUGCUCCUCCUACUGCGCCUGCUAAUCAGAACAAAGCGUAUACAGAGGUUCCAUUAGAGUCACUUAACCUGAAAGCCCAGGAUGCCCUGCUGAACACAGAAAGCACAGCCCCUAGCACAGCCCAGAGUGCAGCUGCGGACAUGGUGCAGGAGCUUCCGCUGUGUAGCUGCCGCAUAGAAACCCCCAAGAGCCGGGAGAUCCUCACGCUGGCUGACAGGAAGUGCAUGGCCACCGAGAGUGUGGAUGGACAGUUAAGUCGGUGCCAAAGCGCAGUCCUAAAGCACGAGAUGAUGAGGCCAUCAAACUCUGUUCAGCUGCUGGUGCUAUGUGAGGAGCAUCGCACCGGAAUGAUCAAACAUCAGUGCUGCCCUGGCUGUGGCUACUUCUGUAGGGCGGGAACCUUCAUGGAGUGCCAGCCGGAGGUGAACAUCUCUCACCGCUUUCAUCGGCACUGCGCGUCAGUACUGAAGGGUCAAAGUUUUUGUCCACACUGCGGAGAGGAAGUCAGCAAGGCCAAAGAGGUCACCAUCGCCAAAGCAGACACCACGUCUACAGUGCCCCAGAGCCAGAGUCCCAGUAUCCCAGCGACUUUGGAGGGCAAGGCAGACACCACCACUGGAGGGCCGUUGCGCCUGUCCAUAUUGGGAGAAGGGAGAGCAGACAGCACUUUGUCCAGACUUUCUGAAGCUGGGAAUGGAUCACUAACCCCAGAAGGCAGCAUGCCAGAGCACAUGGGUGCAGGAUCUGGGGCUGGACUUUGUAUAGCGCCUCCCAAGGAGACUCUGGAAACCAUUCUGUUGGCACUGGAUACAGAGAAGCCUAAGAAGCUUCGUUUUCAUCCCAAACAGCUGUUUAUCUCUGCUAAGCAGGGGGAGCUCCAGAAAGUCUUAAUGAUGCUUGUGGAUGGAAUUGAUCCAAACUUUAAGAUGGAGAGCCAGAGCAAACGAACACCCCUUCAUGUAGCAGCUGAGGCCGGACAUCAGGAGGUCUGCCACAUGUUGGUCCAGGCUGGUGCAAACCUGGACAUAUGUGAUGAGGACCAGCGCACACCUUUGAUGGAGGCUUGUGAGAACAAUCAUCUGGAUACCGUACGCUACCUACUGAGAGCUGGAGCUAUUGUAUCCAAUAAGGAUGCUGAAGGCUCGACAUGUCUCCACCUUGCUGCUAAGGCUGGUCAUUUUACUAUCGUAAAACACUUGCUGUUCACAGGCCUUAUUGACAUUAACUGUCAGGAUGACGGCGGCUGGACAGCAAUGAUUUGGGCGACAGAGUACAAACACAUCGACCUGGUUAAGCUGCUGCUAUCUAAAAAUGCUGAUGCCAACAUCAGAGACAAGGAGGAGAAUAUCUGUUUGCACUGGGCAGCAUUCUCUGGCUGUGUGGAGAUUGCUGAUGUUCUUCUGAAUGCCAAGUGUGAUCUUAACACGGUUAACGUGCACGGAGACUCACCAUUGCACAUUGCAUCACGGGAAAAUCGGUUGGAUUGUGUCACGUUGUUUCUGCUGCGGGGGGCAGAUGUAAACCUAAAGAACAGGGAAGGAGACUCGCCGCUAGAGUGCUGCAACCAGAACUCGAAGGUAUGGAGCGCUCUGCAUGCAAGCAAGAGGCAGAGGGAGGCAAGUGGUGAAGGAUGCACAGCUGGAGAAAAGCUCCUCAACAGGGAUAUAUCUCGAGGUUAUGAGAAAGUACCCGUGCCCUGUGUAAACGCUGUGGACAGUGAGCCCUGCCCCACUGACUACAAAUAUGUGCCUGAUAGCUGCGUCACCUCUCCCAUGGACAUAGACAAAAACAUCACUCAUUUACAGUAUUGCGUCUGUAAAGACGACUGCUCCUCGGCCAGCUGCAUGUGCGGUCAGCUCAGCCUGCGCUGCUGGUAUGACAAGGAGAGCCGACUGCUGCCAGAGUUCUGCUCGGAGGAGCCGCCUUUUAUCUUCGAGUGCAACCACGCCUGCUCGUGCUGGAGAACCUGCAAGAACCGCGUUGUUCAAAACGGACUCCGGAUUCGACUGCAGCUGUUCAGGACUCAAAAAAUGGGCUGGGGUGUUCGGACAUUACAGGACAUCCCGCAAGGAACCUUCGUCUGCGAGUACGUCGGAGAAAUCAUCUCGGAUGCAGAAGCAGAUGUCAGGGAGAUUGAUUCCUACCUUUUCAGCCUGGACAGCAAGGUUGGAGAUAUGUAUUGUAUAGACGCUCGUUUCUAUGGCAACAUCAGCCGCUUCAUAAACCACCACUGCGAGCCAAACCUAUUCCCCUGCCGAGUGUUUACCUCCCACCAGGACCUGCGCUUCCCGCACAUCGCGUUCUUCGCCAGCAAGAACAUCAGCGCCGGAGACGAGCUAGGGUUUGAUUAUGGCGAUCAUUUCUGGGACGUGAAGGGCAAACUGUUCAGCUGCCAGUGCGGCUCUUCUCAAUGCAAACACUCGGCAAUCGCUCAGCAGCAGGCGGACAGCACGCCAGGAGAACAGCAGCCCACCACCCUCCCAGAUACAAGUUCAUCUACCACGCCACCCAGCCCCACCUGAACCUCGCCACGCUCCUUAUCCUCCAUCUACCAGCCAUCACCAGCGUGCGCGCACACACUCCUCAGCAGGAGGAUCCUAGCAGCCUGGACCACUGGCCGUUUUGGCUCGAGCGCUCUUGGUUUAACUUGUCGCUGGACUACAGCUGAAAGGUCACGCACAUGUACAGAUACUUCAAUAUAAGCGGAGGAUAUAAUCUGACUAUGGUGCUGUAGUGUGCCGGCACUCAGAGAGAGUCCCUGCAGGAUUAUGCAUUACUCCGCGUUCUUCGAAGAACAUGCAGAAGAUGACGUUUUAAUGUCACCAACCUCCACGCACAACGCAAAGCCGCGACCUGUUUACCUUUCGUUGUCUACAGAGUUUCAGAUGCAAGAUGCACUCCGUUGUGGCACACCUACAUUCUCAAGGAGUUCAUCCUGCAGGAUUGUAUAAGGUUUUAAAGUUCCAAAUGACAAUGGUAGAUCAUUUGAAAAUCUUUUUUCUUUUUUUUUUCUUUUUUUUAAACUUCCCCAAAUAAACAUGUUGUAUUUAUAAAAUGAAAAAAAAAAAGGAAGCAAAAAAGCUGGAUGUGUGAUGGACAUAUAUAUAUAUUUUUUUUCUCUCAUUGGAGCUGGACAUUAUUUAUUUGCCAGUGUUUUUCGAUCAAUUCCCAUCUGCUGGAUGUCUUCUCAUAAUCCUGCACAGACCGUGGGAGGAACCGUGAGCCUCAGAGACAAACUGCCCACUUUGAGCUGGCUCCUGCAUGUUACUGAUUAAAUCUGAAAAUAUUCUUAUGCUGUUUCUUUGCUGUGAAACUGGUCAUGAGAGGACUUCCAAACCCCCUUUUUUCCGACCUCCAGGAUCAAAUGAACACAUCUCUGCAAUGAUGGGCUCUCUCUUUUUCCCUCAUGAUUUUCACGUCCGAACUUUAACAUUUGGCAGGGAAGGCCAUAUGUAGUCAAAUAGGAAUUUUUGGCUAGGGAAUUUGUGGUUAUUGAAUACUACAAAUGGUGCUGAACAAAGAUUUUGUUUGUUUUUAUUUUUUUAUAACUCAAUGUGUUAUAAACACAUUCUGAAAUAAGAUUAACCAAGUGAUGUUUUUUUCUGUAAUUUCUUUUUUUACCUUUACCUCUGGUUUUCUAACUGUAGAUGACCUCCUUAGUCUGUAAGCAUUUUUUUUUACAUUUAACAAUUUAAUGUUGAUAGUGAAGCUAUGUCUUUUUUUUCUUCCUUUUUUUUUUUUAACAUUGAUAGUAUAGUCACAACCAUUGUGCUCAUCCUGCCAUGUAGAUCUAAAACACUGCAAAAUGAAAGGAAAUCUUUCCUCAACAUGAGUUGGUUGUAAUAGUUUUUUUUUUCCAAUAAAUUUACUUAUCAUAAAAGAUGACUUUAUUGUGUGUGACAAUUAUCAUUGUCAUCAAUAAAA